AUGGGGGAAACUCCUGUUGUCUCGUUCUCAUUGACCCACGUACAUUAUAACCCCAACGACCCCCUUUCCUUUAUCUCCGCUUGGCUCGCUCUCGUACCACAGGCACUAUGUGUGGCCUAUGUCACCCUUAUUUGGUCUUCGAGGGAAGUGGAGGUGCUCCUGAUGUUUGCUGGUCAGAUGGGCUGCGAGGCAUUAAACUUUAUCCUGAAACGGAUUAUCAAAGAGCAGCGACCAAAACAAAUGUUCGGUAAGGGUUACGGUAUGCCAUCGUCCCAUGCCCAGUUCGCGUUUUACUUUGCGGUAUAUCUGGCACUUUUUCUUCUUUUCCGGCACGCCCCGACUCUCCCUCCCUCCGAAGCAAAGCUCCGCUUCUUUAUCCGGUUAAUGCUUGCCCUGGGAGCAUGCUUCGGCGCUGGCGCCGUGGCUCUCAGUCGUGUCUACUUGAACUACCAUACCCCAAAGCAGGUGUUGGUAGGAUGUAUCGUUGGAGUUGGAUGUGCCUUCGCUUGGUUCCUUGCAACCGAGAUUCUUCGCACGCAAGGGUGGAUUGACUGGACGUUGGAUCUGGCAAUGCCCAGACUUCUGAAACUACGAGAUUUGGCGGUAAGUGAAGAUAUUGCUGAGGCUGGAUGGCAACGGUGGGAAGCGAGACGGAAGUUGAGACGGCGAGGACAUAGUGACCAUCUGCCACCGAAGUCAGAUUGA